AUACACGCCUCGAGAAGACAAGCUCGUGCAACCUACUCGCCGUCUGAGCUCGUGCACCUCCCCAAAUACUCGGCUCAUAAAGGUCAAUGCCAUGUCCAGUCCAGCAGACCUAGGCUGCUUGGCAGAAGCAAUGACUCCAACCGUCUCCCAGGGAUGGGCAGCCAGGGACGCGGACGGCGAGCUGGUAACGCGGCCCAUGAGGCAUUUCGAAGUCUUUUUCUCCAACCUCACCGCCUUGGUGGAAGUACCAAAGUUUGCCAUCCUGGGCAGCGCCUUGCUCGAGCUGGAGCAGCCUGUCAAUUUCGACGACCUUGCACGACGCAUCGUCACCGCUUGGAAAUGCUUAACACUGCGGUACCCUCUGCUGAGGAUGCGCUGCACCUCCGACAUGGCGUACGAGUAUCGAGCAGAGGUGUCCCAAGCCAGCAUCGAUGCGUGGGCCCAGCAGACAGUCCAGAUCCUGUCCCGCGACACCGACGAAGCUCUGACGAUCGACGACGUCGUCACGCUUAACAAUGCCCUUUCAGACCGGCCACAGCCCGACAAAGAUGACAACUGGGCACAGCUGCGCUCAGUCGUUCAGGGGCGGCGCUUUGCGCUGACAAUCCGCAUCUCGCACAAUAUCGUCGACGCAGGCAGCGUGACGAUUCUGAUCAACGAGUUGCUCACGCUUCUUGCCAACGGGCCCGUCGAGCCGCCAUGGGGCAGCAAGCCAGUCAAAGCCCAGCAACUGUCGCGCCUGCCUGUAGCCAUGGGUGACUUGGUGCCUGAGCCAGACGCCAGCGAAAAGAUGAGUGCAAUGGCACUGAAAGCAGCCUAUAUGCGCGCAAGGAAUCAGUGCGCCCGCAAGCUGCCGGAAGCAAAGACACCCUUUGGCAAGACGGGCCACGGCCUCGUGUGUCUCGAUGAGCGGCACUCGUCGAUGCUGCUCCGAUUCGCCAGGGCCAACGGCAUCACGGUCAGCGCGCUGUUGCAUGCUGCCGUCGUCUUUCGAAGUGCGCUCACGGAGGGCAUCGAAAAGCUUGAGAGACGGGGCAUAUACCAGUCCGAGAUCCCCGUGGAUCCGCGAGCAGCGCUGCCGUCGAGCAGGUGCGUCGGUCUCUAUGCGGUGGCCGUGCCCAUUGAGCUACCCCUGCACGAGAGUUUGAAGCUGUGGCAGGACUCCAAUGGCAACCUCGCCACAGCUGUCCUGCACCUGGCGAGAGCAGGCAUGGAGAACAUCUAUGGCCCAGUGCGCUCCCUUGAGCACCGCCGCAGACUUGCACUCAACCAUGCGGUGCUUUCCGAUGCCAUUGACGGGGCUGUGCGUGACGGUUUCCUUGAGUAGGUACUACCAGUACGAGGCCAGUCAUCCUGCUGAUCUUGCUCUUGUAGCUUCAACACACACUUGUGUGAGAUGUUUUCCGAUUCGAUAUUGGAUGGCGGAAGGUACCUCAACCAGAGCGACUGGGCGCGCUACGAUGGGCUGAAGCUGGGCAUGCUUGACUAUGACACCAGCACGCAGGUCGCCAAUACAGCCGGCAUCUUUUUUCGCGCUUGGAAUGUGAAUCAGCGGUCGUACAUCGGCGUCGAUUGGUCUUUCUCUUUUCACGACGGCACCUUGCCCAUCGGCUUACUCCGCGCGCUGCACGGGGACAUCCUGA